CAUGAGCAUUGCGCCAUGACACUUGUGGUGGGAGCCAUGACAGUGCUCUGCUUUUUUUAAUAGGAAUAGGAGAUAGGAGAUAGGAUAAAUAUAGUGAUAGAGAAUAGAGAGAGACUAUUACAGGAGUAGAGGAAAGGAAAGGAAAGGAUCUUCUGAUACUAGCCCAUUAUAUGCAUGUGUUUAUCAGCACCACACAUAUAUAUACAUAUGUAUAUACGGGGCGCAUAGUUUAUCGCACGAAUCUUUGCUUGCCGUACUCUGACGAGUGAUAACCAAACAAAUAGAAGCUUGUAGAACUUCAGCAGUUAAUUUAACAAGUCUUUCUUCUCGGGAAUAAUGCAAAUUUCUGUAAACCAAUUACACUUCGGACUUAUAUAUUAAUUUUCAUUAUAAAUCAUUUGCUUUAUUUGUGUUACAGGCGUAAAUUUCAGUGGAGACUGUGACGUUGAUGUUUCAGACAUGCUGCGGAAUAUCUUCCAAAGUGCAAAAAAUAUUGUACCACGAGCUACAAGAUAUCAAUAUCCUAGUCUAUACAGUGAUAGAGCAGAUGAUGACAGAGUUUCUCCACGGAAAACAGACGGUAAUUACUGGGAAACCGAUGUUACACCGGAACACCCGGUUUCGAGGACCGCUCGAGUUAUGGGAAAGCAAAUGCGGGAAAUAAAACAGAAUGUACUAUUUUGGAGAGAACCGAAGAAUGUUAAUCUUGACGAGUGGAACAUUGAUUCUACAUAUUAUCCAAGUCAUGUCGACGUCGUUAUCAUCGGAGGCGGUGCCAUGGGAAGUUCAAUUGCUUAUUGGUUAAAAAAAAUGUCCAAUGGAGGACUAAGCGUUGUUGUCGUAGAGAAGGAUCCAACGUAUUCCCAGGCGUCAACAGUGUUAUCUGCAGGUGGACUCCGUCAGCAAUUCUCUCUUGAGGAAAAUAUAGAAAUGUCCCUAUACGGAGCUGAAUUUCUUCGUACAAUAGAUCAACAUUUGUACGUUGAAAAUGAACCCCCUGUGGAUGUGCAGUUUCACCCCUACGGGUAUCUACUUCUUGCCUCUGAAGAGGGCGCAGAAGCUCUGACGCGAAACUCGAAACUUCAAAAUUCUAAAGGAGCUAAAAAUAUCUUAUUAACCGCAGAGAAAAUUAAACAACGAUUUCCCUGGAUGAACACUGAGGGAGUUGCAUUGGGAUGUUUAGGCCUUGAAAAUGAAGGCUGGUUUGAUCCCUGGUGUCUUCUUUCUGCUUUCAAGAAGAAAGCCGUAAAAUUAGGUGCUGAGUAUGUAAAUGCUGAGGUCAAGGGCUUUAUUUUCAGAAAGGACGAGCAAGUUAUUGUUUCGGGGACAGGCAUUGAAAAGUAUCAGGGACUCAACCAUGUUGUUGUAAAGACGGAAAAUGAUGAAAAAAAGGUUAUACAGUUUGCGCUUUGUGUAAUUGCCGCUGGAGCUCAUAGUGGAGAAAUUGCAAGGUUGGCCAAAAUUGGAUGUGGACCAGGAAUUCUCACGGUUCCUCUCCCCGUCGAAUGCAGAAAACGAUACGUCUAUCAUUUCCAUGCACCAGAAGGUCCAGGGAUAAACACUCCAAUGACAAUAGAUACCUCUGGCACUUGGUUCAGGCGAGAAGGUCUUGCCAACCAUUACAUAUGUGGUCGUUCACCUAGUUGCGAUGCAGACGAACCCUCUACUGAUAAUCUGGACGUUGAUGAAGCUUUUUUCGAAAAAAACAUUUGGCCUUUACUUGGAAAUCGAGUUAACUCUUUCGAAAAUUUGAAAAUUGAGUCAUCCUGGGCUGGUUACUAUGAUUAUAACAAAUUUGAUGAAAAUGGAAUAAUUGGUCCACAUCCUUACUUUGAUAAUAUGUACUUCGCUUGUGGAUUUAGUGGACAUGGCAUUCAACAGGCGCCGGCUGUUGGUCGGGCAAUAGCCGAGUUAGUAGUUUAUUCAGAAUUUAGAACGCUCGAUUUAAGUAGAUUAGCUUUUGAUAGGCUUAUAUCACUUGAACCCAUGCAGGAAGUACAUAUAAUUUAAAAAUUUAAUUUUAUUGUAACAAACAUGAUCAGUGAAAUUGAAUAAAUUGGAUGUUUUUCGGUUA